AUGUUUUCUUCUAAUAUUGAUAAUAUGCUAAAUGCUUUCUUUGGUGGCGGAAUCCCAGAGAUGGGUAUCCACGAAAGCGGUAGGCGUUUUAUGGAAAAAUUAAACCAACACCAGACUGUCUCUGUGAGUUUAGAUGACCUUUACAACGGAUGUGAGGUUGAAUUGAAUUCUACACGCCGUGUUAUAUGCGUAAACUGUUCAGGACGUGGAACACGUAAAAAGAACAAGUCGAUGUUGCGAUGCACGCGUUGUGGUGGAACUGGUACUAGUAUUGAGGUUCAACAGAUGGGUAUGAUGAUCCAGCAGAUGCAGACAACCUGUAAUGCUUGCAAUGGAACCGGCACGCGCAUAGACCCCUCUGCUUGUUGUCAGAGUUGUUACGGAGAGAAGGUUGUUGAAAUAGAGGUCCCCAUCCAGGUUGAGAUUGAGCCAGGAAUGCGUCACGAGGAAUCUAUAUUUUAUCCAAAAAUGGGUAAUGAGUACCCUGGUUAUGCUUCUGCAGGUGAUCUCACAGUUGAGGUAUCCCAGAGGUCGCAUCCGCUCUUUGUGCGGUCUGAAAACGACUUGCACAUGAAACACGUAAUAUCACUAGCAGAAGCUUUAUGCGGACUCAGGUUUAAAAUUGUUCAGCUGGAUGGCCGAGAGCUCUUGGUUACACGAAAGCGUGGGGAGAUCACCUACCCAGGGGAACAAAAAUGUCUUCGUGGUGAAGGCAUGCCAAUUCGCAGUACUGGCAAGUUUGGCGACCUCCAUAUUGAAUUUAUCGUGAAUUAUCCUGAAUAUGUUGAUGAUAAUCAGAUUAGGCUUCUCAGUGCAGCUUUGCCGGAACCCAGACAGCACCCUAUGCAUGAAGUGCCUAAUGAUGAAUCAAAAAAUGAGGAGGUAUGUUAUGCUUCCCGCGAAGACAUAGAAACUCUGAAGAAAGAGAUUAGCCUUGAUGAAAUGAGUGACGAAGAUGACGAACAGGGUGGUACUGUGGGUUGCCAGGCACAAUGA